CUUCUUUAAAACAAAUGGGCGUCUUUAACGUUGCCUACACGUCCAAGGUUCCUCAAAGACUUUGCAUAAACAGUCGGUCGCGACUGGAUAGUAGACUGGGAUCGAGGAAUGCGAGAAACAUAUGACAGCAUGGCGUCUAUUCCGUAUGAGCAGAAUACACAGCGCGCCCCUCAGCUGCUGUCAGUGGGAGAAAAGGAUACCAAACGGCUGCUGGAGGUGUAUGUGAAGCGAAGUCUCAGCCUUAACGAUGGAACUCAAAGUCCGUUGAGACAUGAGCAAAGAGCACGUAAAUGGGUCCCAGUCACAGAGCGGAAGACGAGAGAUCGCAAACAUUCCAGCGAUACAUCUCUGAACUUGACUUCGCAAGCGUCCUUCUCAGAUGAGGACAUAAGUUACCAGCCCGUCGUUGAACCACAACCGGACAAAAAAGAAACGGCGUCUGAGAAGAAACCCAAAAUGUGGAGAGUUAAAGGGAGUCUACGUCGCAACGAUGGCUCGAAUGUGUCUCAAAAGUCCAAUAGCAAACCCAAGAAGUGGUUGCUACGUUUGGAUAAGGGCAAGGAGGAAGGUGGGCAAAGCAGUGAUGCUUUGCCCCAUGAAACGAGUGUGUUUGCUGAUGGAGAUGUGCUAGAAAAUGUGGAAACUUCUACAGUGGAAAAGAAGGACAAAGAAGGCAAGAAGACAAAGAAACCCACUGUGUGGAAGAGUUUCUUGAACUGGUUUUCCAAAGGAAACAGUGAAAAGGAACAAGACCAUCAGAGAACCAAAGAACAGCUACCUCUUUCCCAAUCCUCAACACCCGAGAUCUCUUGUUUGCCUUUAGCUGAUCCCUUAUCAAAAGGCGAUAUCAACCUGCGGCGUUCGAAAUCUUCGAAAAAGAAAACGUUUCACAGGAGAUCAUUAAAAUGGAGGCGAAGUGGAGAUAUGUCUAAUGAAAAAUCUGUUGAGAUUGUGGAAUCCACUACCUCAUACUAUGAGAAAAUGUCAGAGGAACUGGAGAAAAUUGUGCAUGAGGUGAAAGACAGUCCAGCCGAUGACAAUGCCACUUAUCAACGAACAGACCAGAAUGGUGUAAAUGUCUCACAAAAAGAGAUUAUCGAGAGAAUCAUAGAACUCAUAAAACAUGAAGGAGACAUAAUACAAGACAAGCUGAAAAAGAACAACACCGUGACCACUUAUCUGGACGGAAUCACCUAUGGACUCUUCCAGCAAAUGGCUGAUCAAUAUGUGCAGUCAGAAGUUCCCAACAAGAAAACCCAGCUGCCUGUUGUGGCACCGGAACUGGUGAAGUUCGCCUUCACUCUGGACUUCACAGCCAGAGUGGCUAAUUUGCACCGCCAAGCCACAGGCCAAAUCAUGGGCUUCGGGAACCAGUAUCUCCAAGAUCGCUUCACUCACAUGAGCGACAGCCAUCCGCAUUUCUUUGACUUUAAUGCAGAGGAUCGGAGAAAACAGAACUCUGAGCAAGAAUUUAUAAGCUUGUAGAAGCUCGAGCUUCUAGCUGACAUAGUUUUACUGCGUGAUUUACCUUUGAAAUGUAGCAACAAAACAAACCAUAAUGAAGGAUUUUUAUAAGAUUUGUUCAAAACACACGUAGUUAAAAAACCCUGAAUGAAGUAAGAGAAAUAUGAAUGUUAAUUUAAUGUUAACAAAUUAUUAUGUAUUUGCACAACUGCAUUCAUUUUUUUAUUUACAUCAUUCAUUUUUAUAUCUAUAUAUUGUAAUUCAAAUUUAUAAGCUUUACUUACUAGGCAUAUAUAUAUAUAUAUUACAUAUGUUGUAACUGUAUAUGCAGGCAUAUACAUACUGA